CCCCAGUGUACUCUCUCAUUUCCUUUCUUCUCUCAAUCAUACAUGGCAACCUCUGAGUCUGUCAUGAGCUGCUCAGCUUCGGAGCUGUCUCCGCUCUUUGGAGCCAAUCCGAACGCGACGGCUGCGGCGGCUUUUCUCUGUUCGCGGCUGUCAGCGGUGUCGGAUAAGCUCUCGGAGACAACCUACGCGGUUGACAACACGUACCUUCUCUUCUCGGCCUACCUGGUGUUCGCCAUGCAGCUCGGCUUUGCCAUGCUUUGCGCCGGCUCCGUUCGCGCGAAGAACACCAUGAACAUCAUGCUUACAAACGUGCUGGACGCCGCCGCCGGUGCGCUUUCCUAUUAUCUCUUUGGCUUCGCCUUUGCCUUCGGCUCCCCCUCCAAUGGCUUCAUCGGUCGUCACUUCUUCGGGUUGUCAACUCUCCCGUCUAGUUCCUUCGACUUCAGUUUCUUCCUCUACCAAUGGGCAUUUGCCAUUGCAGCGGCUGGAAUCACCAGUGGCUCGAUAGCCGAGCGAACCCAGUUCGUGGCUUAUCUAAUCUACUCCUCCUUCUUGACUGGCUUCGUCUACCCCAUCGUUUCCCAUUGGUUCUGGUCCGGUGACGGCUGGGCCAGCCCCACCCGGCCCGAAAAUCUCCUAUUCGGGUCUGGAGUAAUUGAUUUCGCCGGCUCCGGCGUGGUUCACAUGGUGGGUGGUAUCGCAGGCUUGUGGGGCGCCUUCAUUGAAGGACCAAGAAUAGGCCGGUUCGACCGGUCUGGCCGGUCCGUCGCUCUUCGAGGUCACAGCGCCUCGUUGGUGGUGCUCGGUUCUUUCUUGUUAUGGUUCGGAUGGUACGGGUUUAACCCGGGUUCAUUUCUAACCAUCCUGAAAGGAUACAGUACCACUCGUCCUUACUACGGUCAAUGGAGUGCCAUCGGAAGAACCGCCGUUACCACCACCUUGGCUGGGUGUACGGCGGCGUUGACCACCUUGUUCAGUAAACGAUUACUAGUCGGUCACUGGAACGUCAUAGACGUCUGUAACGGUUUAUUGGGUGGUUUUGCGGCGAUCACCUCCGGCUGCUCCGUCGUAGAACCCUGGGCCGCAAUCAUCUGCGGAUUCGCAGCUGCAUGGGUUUUAAUCAGCUGCAACAUGCUCGCACUGAAGCUAAAAUACGACGACCCCCUGGAGGCGGCUCAACUCCACGGCGGCUGCGGCGCGUGGGGUUUACUCUUCACCGGAUUAUUCGCGACGAAAGAGUACGUGAGCGAAGUCUACCAGGGUCAACCCGGACGACCGUACGGUUUACUAAUGGGCGGCGGUGGGAAGCUCCUAGCCGCUCAGAUCGUACAGGUUGUGGUGAUCGUAGGGUGGGUAAGUGCGACGAUGGGCCCACUUUUCUAUGGGCUCCACAAGAUGGGACUGUUGAGAAUCUCGAGUGAUGAUGAGAUGGCGGGGAUGGAUUUAACGAGACACGGUGGAUUUGCGUACUUAUAUCACGAUGAAGAUGAUCCAUCGGGGAAGACUUGGGCAAUGAUGAUGAGGAAGAUUGAGCCUACCAGUGGAACUCCUACACCGGAUCGUGACCCUCAACCAAGACCUACUGUGUGAUGGUCAAAUUUUAAUUUAAUUUUCUUUUUUCUUGUGGCGAUGUAAAAAAAUGGAUAAUUGAGGAUGUACAAAUUUUGUGAAGGGUGAAACUCUGUUCAAUAUUUUCUAAUCAUAAGGUAUAAAAAGCAUGGAUUGUUGAGAUAA